CUGCAGUUUUGGGGCUCUCUCUCUGCUGUCACUCUUGUAGACAUGCGAAUUACUGAAUCCUAAUAAAAUGAGCAUUGGAGCUUAUAUUCUGAGUGAAUAUAUUCCCGCCAAACCGCUGGUCGGUAAUCUGGAGCUGUGCUUUACCGGAGAAGAACAUACACAAAUUGAUGCAAGUGCUCAGUUAAGAUGUGGCGAGGUUUUGAAGUUCCCAUUCGCCCGAACCGAUUCCAAGCCGAGGUCAGUGGUGAUAAAGGGAAGUAAGGUGCUCGUGGGUGCAGAUAAGGAAACGGAGACGAAACGCGUGGUGGAGUUGACCCUGGAGUCGUCUUUUGGUUACCAACCCGGGGACACCAUAGGCGUUGUGCCCAGUAAUAAUUCGGAAAUUGUGGAAAGGUUGCUCCACCGGUUACAACUAAGUGAACAAGCGGACACCACUUGCCAUUUGAAGCUGUCGCUGAACUGCGCUAAGAAGACCGCCAAGUUACCCGCCCACAUUCCUUCAGCGACAAGUCCUCGAGAGAUCCUCACCCACUGCCUGUCUCUUAACUUCGUUCCUCAGAAGCAGCUCCUCAGUGCCCUGUCCGGAUUUACAAGCAACGAACAGGAGCGCGGCUUCCUUGCCUGUCUCUCCUCCAAACAGGCUACAGAGCACUACAAUUCCCUUAUCCUGGAGAAGGGUCUUGUCUUCAUGGAAAUCCUAGACCUUUGCGAAAACUGCAGGCCACCGCUGUGCUUCUUGGCAGAGCACUUGCCACGUCUGCUGCCACGACCCUAUUCCAUAGCCAAUAGUCCUUUGGAAACCGGCGGCCAGGAGCUCCGCAUUAUCUACUCCCUGCUCAACCACAAGCCAGGGGUCACAACCCGCAUGCUGGAGGAGCUUGUCAAACAAAUCAAUACGCAGCAGCCCGCUAAUGUGGUUAUUUACCCCCGACUUAACAACGCAUUUCGCUACACAGAGCAGGAUCUGGGCAGCAACCAAAUCCUCAUAGCAGUGGGUACUGGUCUGGCACCAUUUCUCGGCUUUCUGGCUCACAAAGAAAAGCUUAUAAGCCAACAGCCACAGCGGGAAAAAGGACAUUCCUGGCUUUACAUUGGUGCCAAGACACCAGAAGCUAUUCUUAAGCGGGACCAACUUAAAGCCUGGCAAAAAUCAACGGUUUUGGAGCGACUACGCAUGUGCCAUUCACGAGGAGAUUCCCCUGGCUACGUGCAAGAAAUGAUGGCGGAGGAUAGCGAGGAUCUAGUCAAGUUUUUAUUAAAACAUGACACUGUGAUAUACGUAUGUGCCGAUGGCGCCAAGAUUUCGCAGUCUAUUGCCAAUGGUUUAUGUCUGUGCCUGCAGAAAGUUCUACAUCUCACUGAGGAAGAGGCCUCGAGGCAGCUGAUGGAACUAAAGGCUCAUGGAAAAUAUCGCGAGGAUGUUUGGCUGUAAAGAAAAACAUUCAGAAGCGAUCUAUAGUACAGCCCCCUGUAGAAGUAGCCUGACAAUUAGUUUAAUCUUCGUUUUACUUCCGAUAUUUCUUCACUUCUUUCGAAAGGAAAGAAAGCUUCUUCCUUAAACUUUAAAUUUGUUUGAAGUUAUCUUUUGAAUAAUUAAGCAAGCUUAUUUUACCAAUGUCAAAAUAAAUAUUGCAGAAUAAUCCCAGUUUAGUUUAAUGACAUCCAUUUGUGGAAGAAUGUAAAAAUGUAAAUGUGACCCAGAUUCAAGCUAUGCAAUCAAUUCUUGCUAUUGGUUUGACAGCAGGCUUGACAAAUAAAUGUAUUCAACAGAAUGCUUUGGUCGAAUAAGUAAAUAACGAUAUAUUUAACAACACAAAAUAAAAAUUACAGUGCAAGGUAAACUAAA